AUGGGCUUCUAUAGGAAUCUGCUGGGCUUUAUAACGCUCUUUGGUUUCCUCCAAUUAACCCAGCAGCACUGCUAUAUGAUGAAGCUUAUCGGCCUUAGAUCUUGGGACACACCCGCCUAUGGCUUGAAGAUGAAUCUCUUUGAGAAAAACAACUCCAUGUCUUCGGUGACUACGGUGCGUCAGGAUGUGGCCAUACCUCUGUGGCAUCUUGUCCUGCUUCAGCAUCCCCGAAAGAGGAACUCUGGAGUGGCUUCAUCGCGAGCUGAGCUGCCACGAACUCUCUACAAUUCCACCACCAAGACCUGUGACUUUUGGAAGUACAUACGUCAUGUCUCUGCUUGGAAUAAUGUGGCCAAGUUGAUGCUCUCGAAGGGGGCCAGCAAUAUGAGCCUGGCUUGUCCCCUCAAACAGGGCGUAUACGUGAUGAACAGGAUCCAGGUGCCGCCGGAAACGGCCAUACUGAAGUUUAUGUAUCACCCCAAUACGAUCUACACCCUGGAGGGCACUGUCUUCUCUUUGAAUCCCAAGGAUGGGGUCAGUAAGAAGGCUCUGUGUCACUACGAAGUCAAUGCCACUAUCUUUAAGUCGUGUUAG